AUGUUUGUUUGUAUUCCGUUACAACGAACGGCUCUAAUUAACAGUUACAGGGCUUUGGGACAACAUAACACAACACACACAAUGGUGGCAUUGUCGGUCGUCGUGCUACAGCUGAUUACCGCGCUUCUACUGGUUGUUGACGGGUAAGUGGGGAUGGUAAUUUAUGGUAUAACGAGGCUGUAUUUGGUUAUUCUGGAAGUUUAGCUUUACGAAAGUAUAAGGGGAUAUCUUAUAGUGUUUGAAGCUUAUUACUGUAGUUAAUAAUAAAUACUUUGGUAUGUUAUGAAUCAAAAACUGACUGAUACGAUUUUAUAUCAUCAUGUAUAUCUUUUAAGUAACUUUUUUACUACGUAAAUGUUAGUAAAUCUGUUAUUCAUUACUCUGUAAAAUCAUUAUUUAUUUUGUAAUUCUGAAUAACAAUACCAUGAAUCGUGGUAUGUUUCUACAUACAAUCAUCUCUGAUACGUGGAUUAACAUGUACAUGUACAACGUACAAUUACGUAUCCUGUUUGUUUACAUCUGGUCGUUCUUCGAACACAUUUCCUGUAGCGUUAUCUGUAGUGUUUUGACCCAAUUUCGGUUUAAUUAUAGUAUCUUCUCCUUUUCGGCCCGAGGCUAUUUUAAUUUCGAAGGAUUAGCAAGUUGAGCACUUUGUGCAACUCUCAAAAGUAAUUACAACGAGAGUCUUAAGCAGUAAAUUCGAGUUGUCUUGAGUUAUGACCAAGUUUAUGACCAAACUUAGAGGCGUCAUUAUGACUUUCAAAAGCCGUCAUUAUGACAUAUAAAAGCUGGCAUCAUGUCAGAAUUUAAGUUUCCUUAAAUUAUGGACAAUUUUUUUUUUAAAUUAGAGGCGUCAUUACCUUUAAAACCCGUCAUCAUGACGUUUAAAAGCUGUCAUCAUAACACUGUUUUUAUUAACAUUUAAAGCCAAAUUCUUAUCAAAUUAUAAAAAUUUAAGUUACCCAAAAUCUAAAAUAUUAUUUUUCAAAAAUUAAAUUUAUUUUUCAAAAUUCUGCCGGAAAUAAUAUAAAAUUUUUUUUUCAAAAAAAUGUCAAAUUUAUGAGUCUGAAGCGUUGGCGGAAACCAUUCUUUUUUGGAGUUAAUCAACUGUGAGUAGAUUUGUUGUCAUACACUUCCAAAUUAUUGUUUGUAAACAAAGUUUUAACCAGAAAUAUUCGAAACUCUUGGAAAACAAGUUUUUGUAAUUUUACGGUCAAUUUUUAAUUUAAAUUUUGAAAUUUUUAGAGUUUAAAUUAAGUUUCUAAGGAUUUAUUAUAUUUCUUAUUGAGUUUCACAACUUUAAACUCCAGGUGGACAUCUGGACUUCAAAGACACAGCUCACUGAUAUCUCUUGAUAAUAAGCUGUGGAUUUCUUAAAAGUUUAAAACUUUAAACUCACAAAAACCUAAAACAAUGCGUUCGAACGUGAGAGCAAAGAGUAUUAGCAUUGCAAUCUUGAUCGAAGUGUACUUUUAAAGUGUUGUUAUCUCUUUUCUGUUACAAAAAGUUGUUUUUUACAGUCUGAGCGGCGAUUCAAAGAACAAAGCCGAGAACAGGUGUAACUCCUAAUUAAUUUUUUUGGGCUAGAGGUGGGGGAAGGGGGAAGGGGUUGACAUCACAAAUUAUGUGCACAAAAUGGAAAAUGAGGGUGGAUUGCCGUGACAAAAAUAGACAUAUUAUAGUAGGAUUCAAAGGUAUAAUAACAGGAUUCUGGGGACUUCUGGACCACACUGGAUGCAUUUCAGGUGGCUAGGUGAUAUAGGUGUAAGAAGAUAUGUAUGGACAUAGUAAUUAGAAAAGCAAAACCGGUUUUUACUUUUGGGUAUAAAUACUUAUUCGUCUUUCUAAUAACAUACUGUACACUAAGGUGUGAAUAACAUACUUUACAUUAAUGUAUGUACCAUAUCAUCAAGUACAGCUUUUUCAUUUUGUAUUUACUUACCUACUUCUUAUACUCGUCUUAUACUUUCAAGCGACCCUUGUAACACUUACAUUAACUUGAGAUAGCCUUGACAUAUAAUAUUUACAAAAACAAAAUUUCAAAAACAUCAUUACUACAACAGUAUAGUAUAAAAACUACAGUACAACAAUAUUUUUUGAAAUUUAAAAAUUGAUUUUAUAAAAACGAAUGUUAUAGUACAAUAUAAAAAAAUAUAGUAAUGUAUGUAUAAAUAUCAUAUCAUUUUAGGUACAUAAUAGACAGAUGGUCGACGCUAGAAGACCCCUCCCGGCUAUACCCACUGUCAGACACAGACUACAUCAGGUUUCCAGUACGGCGGAGUGUGGAUGAGAGCUACAGUAGUCAGGGCUAUGCCAAAAAGUCGCAGAAUCUGAGCUACAAAGCGCUGAAGAAGUUCACCGGAGCUGGCUCCAGGAACUGCUUCUUCACGCCGAUUCAGUGCAUGAUUCAGCACGAUAUGAGCAAGUACAAGAAGCUGGUGGACGGGAACAAGGUCAUGCAGAACUAG